UUUGCAGAUAGUGAGGACAGAGAGAAAGAUUGGUAUCAUCCUGGUUGUGGGUACUCUGCUGAUGACCUGAGUAAUCACUCUUAUAGGGAGUCAAGAUGGUCUCUUCCAAAACAUUCAUCUUUUCCUGAUAAGGAGAUGGAUACUCAAAGGAAAAGAAUGGAUGAAAAAUUCCAUUUUAUGGACAGAAACUUCAUUGAUGAUUUUGAUGAGUGUGAGUUUGAGUUCCUACACAAGAGAUAUCGCAUGUCCACUUCUGCUGCUGAGAGAGAAAUGGAAUUGUUUGAUAAUAAUGGUGAAGAGCAGUUUGCACAUAUUGAUAGAGAUUGGAGAAGAUCUGUCCGUAGGGGAAGACACUUGGCUUCUGGGAUAGUAGAAGAUAAUUGUCAGAAAUAUACACGAUACCAGACUUCAAAUUUUAAGCAUCGUAGACAAUCUUAUACAGAUUCAGUGAAGAAUUAUGCAUAUGAUGCAAGGGUAAAUGUAAUUUUUGGGGGUUGUGGGAGAGAUAAGCAUGCUAGAGACAACAGAGGCUGUAAUCAGUUGUGUGAUUAUACUGACACUGCUGAAGAUGAAGAUCUCCCAAUUUACCCUGAAGAAGAGUAUCGGUUUUACAGGUCACCAUCUAAGUUCCUGAAUUGGACUGAGGAUGAAAUUAUUUGUAGGCAUCAUGAAACCCAUGCAUCAUCUUUGUCUGCUAAGGUGCAGAGUGAUGAUAUGCCAUUGCAGUGGCAUCAGCUAUGUAUGUCAAAGCGAGAUAGUGAGAGAUAUUUUAAAGAUAGCUCUAAGAUUAUGUGCAGAAGUAAGGGUGGGCAAGCAGUGCUGAGAUUCAGGAAAUCAGUUGACUUGAUUAAUGGGGAAGGAAAGUCUCGAGUGAGAAGGUCCAGAGUCUUAUGCAAUGGUAGGCUUGAAAAUGUCAACCAGCGGAUUGCUAAGAAGCGGAGAGCUUCAGUGGUUUUUGAUGAAUCUCAUAAAAAGGCCAGCAAAUUUGACACCUCAAAACAUCAAAGCAAUCAGGAGAGUAAGAAAUGGCUUCAGAUUCAGAACCUUUCAGAUCAAGGACAGAAAGAAAGCUCGGAUAUAGAGGAAGGCCAGAUUGUAACAGAAGAACCAUACAUGGAUUCUUCGGUAUCCAGGAGAGAUGCUUCUGAAGGUUCAUCAUUGACUGAUAGUGUGAAGAAGAAAAUGUCACAAAAUGACCAAUUUAUAGGUGGCUAUGACAGUCAAAGGAUUCUUGAUUCAUUAGCCAAGAUGGAGAAACGCAGGGAGCGCUUUAAGCAACCCAUCACAGUUAAAAGAGAAACAGAAGAGAGUUUGAAGGUCAACAAUGAUUCCAUUGUAGAUACAGGUGAAAUGAAGCAACAUAGGCCAGCCCGAAAGAGACGUUGGGUUGGUAACUAGUUUUGUGUUUUUUUUUU